GCAGCAGAGGAUGAGUCCCGGGCCUUGUUUAACUCCACUUUUUCUCCUUCCGCACAGCGGGUUUCCGCUUCCCUCCAGGACAGUGGGUGAGGCAGUGAGGCCGGAGCUCGACAAAGUAGCGCCGCUAUGUGGCCCCCCGACGCAGAUCCGGAGCCCGAUCCGGAGUCCGCGGACGGCCCCCGAAGUGGCAGGACGGUGCCCGGGCUCCGCGCCCUGCUGCCCGCGCGCGCCUUCCUCUGCUCGCUCAAAGGCCGCCUCCUGCUGGCCGAGUCGGGUCUUUCAUUCAUUACCUUCAUCUGCUAUGUGGUGGCCUCGGCAUCUGCCUUCCUUACGGUACCUCUGUUGGAGUUUCUGUUGGCUGUUUACUUCCUCUUUGCUGAUGCCAUGCAGCUGAAUGACAAAUGGCAGGGCCUGUGCUGGCCCAUGAUGAACUUCCUGCGCUGUGUCACUGCUGCCCUCAUCUACUUCGUCAUCUCCAUCACUGCUGUCGCCAAAUACUCAGACGGGGCUUACAAAGCAGCCGGAGUUUUUGGCUUUUUUGCAACAAUUGUGUUUGCAAUUGACUUCUACCUGAUCUUUAAUGAAGUGGCCAAAUUCCUCAAGCAAGGAGACUCUGUGAACGAGACCACAGCCCACAGGACAGAAGGAGAAGAUGAUUCCAACUCGGACUCUGACUCUGACUGAAGGCCUGUCUGCGCCUGGCAACUGGAGCACUUAGGCCUCCCACCCAUACUGUCCUGAUGCGGCUACAGGAGCAUGGCAGUGGAUCCCCAUGGAGAGCAGACCAAGGAGCCAGUCUUUCAAGAUUACGCUCCUGAGCCUCACACUCCAAACUUGCUGUGCUGGCUUCAACUGCUGAGCUAGCACAGGAGAGCACUUUGAAUAGCUUACAUUCUCCUGUUUCAGUCCUAAAGACCUUGAGCCUUUUAACCUCACUGCCCCACAGAAGCAGACACAUCACAUGGAGCCAGUCAUUGCAGUUCAUGUGGCAGCACUGGGUGGGCGGGACUGUCCUUCACUUACAGGGACAGACAGAAACCACAGCAAGCUGACCCACCCAGCCCCAGUGGGCUCUGCAUGGAGUGCUCCUGUUCACACCUGCACUUUGUUGAGAUGACUUUCAGGAAUCUUUGUUCAAGGAAUCUCCCUCCUCACUGUGAAGCAGGGAGGAGCCUAACUAGCCAAGUCUUACAUUGUGGGUUUGAGACCUUUCCAGAAAAGAGCCCAAAAACCUGUUUUCCAGGGCCAUCGGACAGGGAGCCAACAGUGCAGAGGCAGUGACAAAGUCACAGUGGCUGGGCGGGCCCAGUCAAGCCCUCUCCUGGGGUUGCUAAAAGACAACGUGCUUCCUUUGGACACCUGGGCAGGUCCACUGGUGACAUGGACCUUCUCUGUGUUCACUUGGGGGCUGAUCCUGUGUAUGUCUUUGAUGUUUUCUAACUUUUUUGUAAUUUUUUUUUUUUUAAUUCAAAAGUGAUGUAGCAAAUGGCAUUUUUUGUGACCCAAGAAGCCCCAUGAAUGAGCCAGAGUUCUGGGCCCAUAAUCGUGGGCAUUUAUAACCUUCCUACCUUGCAUGUGAAUCCCCUUCCUAAAAGAAUGCCACAAUGGAUUAAAACAAACUGACUACCUGUUCAGAGUGUGCCUGACUGAGAAACCCAUGAGCUGCCCACAGCAACUGCCCAUUUCAACACAAGCAGGCACUGAGUCCUGUUGGCUGACGUCAGUGGCCAGGCAGUACUUAUCUCUAUUGGAUAUCAGGUUAGCUAGCAUCUUUUACUCAAUCCUACAGUCAAGGCAGUAAAGGGUAAGCAGUAAAGGGUUAGGAUGGUGUCCUGACAGUCAAAACCUGGGGCUUCAUGAGCAAGGGACCUCAGAGCAGCAGCAAUGAGGGCCCCAGUCAGGGCUCAGGCCCAAGCACAUGGAAAGCAGCAGAGCAUUCUGCUCAUUGUCACUGAACACACACUGAAACACGUGGGUAGUCAGAGGCAGAGCGGCUGUGCAAUGCCCUGAAGCCUGGCAAACUGGUACUUGUUGUACAGUCUGGUUACAGCCUGUUGACUGUGUCUCCAUGUCACCUCCACAGAGCAAGCUUGUUGCAGAAGUGGGAUCUAAAGCCUUUGGGGAGAAAGAAGAGACUAAAACACUUUUAUAUGUUCAUUUAUUAAACAA